AUGGCGCCACUCAACCUCUACGAUACCACCGUCGUGGCCAUGAUCCGCACGCUUCGCAAUCUCUCCAGCCUCCUCAAGAAAGGAGAGGCCUUUGCCGAUUCCAAAGGUAUCCCGCACUCGGAGCUCCUCGAAGCUCGCAUAGCUCCGGACAUGCACAUGCUCCCCUUCCAAAUCCAGACAUGUUCCAAUACCGCCAAAUUCGUCGCCGUGCGCGUCGCUGGUGUGCAGAACGUGCCGUGGGAAGACAACGAGAAGACCUUUGACGAAUUGCAAGCUCGGAUCACCAAGACCAUUGACUUCCUUGAAGCGGUCAAGCGGGAGGAUUUUGAGGGCAAGGAAGCGGGUCACGAGAUCGAGCUCCAGGGCAAGAAGCUUGAUGGGCUAACGUACGUCAAUGCAUUUGCCGUGCCGAAUUUCUACUUCCAUGCUGUUACGGCCUAUGAUAUCUUGAGGAUGAAAGGAGUUGGCAUUGGGAAGAAAGAUUGGCUGGGCGCUAAUUGA